UGAACAUGUUACUGCGUUUAAUUCUUGCUUCAUGCUCCUUUAAGACUUCGUGAAGGCAGGUUGGAUGCACACUUUUUGGAUGCUGCUGAGUACUAUGAGAGGAAAACAGAUUAAUCAGUGUCUUUUACAGCAGGCGGGAGUUACCACGUGCACUCCAUUAAACUCCUAUUCUUCUGUGUGGGACGUCCCUCUGUGUUGCUCUUUGAAUCUAUACACUUGUGGCAAACAGAAAAAGGAAGCUAAGUGUGUGCGGUACCGGUGUUUAAGAGGUGAAACAAAAAGAACGUGAUUUUCUUUUCAACAGAAAAGCCUUUCCUCUCACCAAGCACUCAGUAUGUGUGUGUGUGUGUUUGUGUGUGCGCGCGUCUUCUCCAUUCAUGACACCCAACCGGUGACUCAGGUCUUCCUAAUGAAGUUUCCACACAGGGUUGCAUGCACACCUUGUAAAGCAGAAUGGCAGAAAAACCAACCAAUCAGUCAAAUUGAUUAGCACACUUCACGCGAGGCACUCUCAGAGAUUAGGGCUGACCUUUUUGGGGGGAUUUAAGAGCUGUGAUUGACAAUAGUCCAGUAAUGAGGCACAGUCUGUUGCCAUCGCUAUACAAUGAUGCGAACAUCCAUUCGAGAAAUUUGUCCAAGAGACCUGCAAACGUGCCGAUAAUUGCUCGGCAAGGACAAUUGAAGGACGCCAGAGGCAGAAGCAGAAGGAAGAAGAUAGGGAGGCUAAAUUAACAACCGCUCCGCUAAUGCUUCACCUGUUGUCCUCUGACGUGAGCCACACCAUUGAUUAAAAAAAAAAAAAGCGCGUGGGUGGCCUUUUACACCGACCAUACACACAAACAAACACACAUAUACAAACACACACACACACACACACCUCCCCAUCCAGAGAGGAGCAGGAGACCCCCUCACCUUAAGCACACCCCUCAGGCCUCGAGACUCGGAGCCCCGCACCUCGUGCGUCUAUAAAAAGAGCUUUCCUCCUCUGAGGAGGCAACAGCUAAACCCUCUCAUACCGAGCGCUUCACCACAGAGCAGAGAGGAAAGCAGAAGAGGAGGGAGAGGGAUCACAGUGAGGAGUCGCCACUCUGGAAGAUCUGUGGACAGACAGAGGGAGAGAAAACAAGAGGGGAGGAAAAGAAAGCGUUUAGAAAAGGCUGAAGAUGGCGCGUCUAUGUUGGCUGUUGCUGGUGGUGAUGACGUACGUGUGCGUUCCCGGGUUUGGAUCUGAGUGCAAGGACAGCGCCAUCUGCAACAACCUGAGCAACAAGGGAAGGAUACUGGACUGUAUUCCCCUUUGCAUGUCUGGGAUCGAGCCUGAAUUACCAAAUCUCAGUGCAUCAGCCCUGAAGGCAGACACUGACAAUGACCUCUUACUCAGCAUCCUCCAGACCACCCUGGACCCUGAAAACAAGAUAUCAGAGUCCGACACGAAAGCUCAAAACGAACGCCGACGCUCCUAUUCAAUGGAGCAUUUCCGCUGGGGGAAGCCCCCUGGCCGUAAACGCCGGCCUGUGAAGGUUUUCGCUUCUUCUCUGGAGGGAGGCGGCUCGUCUGAGGGCAGCUUCCUCCCUCAGUCCCGCAGGCAGCUGAACAGUGUCGAGGAUGAGGCAAAGGAGGACCUGAACAUGGAAAGUAGUCAAAACCAGGGAUUGCUGAGGGCAGUGGUCAGCUCUAAGUCACAUGUACAGCUGAGCCCGCAGCAGAGAAAAGACGGGACCUAUAAGAUGAGUCACUUCAGAUGGGGGACCCCACCUGUCUCGAAACGAAACGGCAAAUUUAUGAAGCCGUGGGAGGAGAAACCUCUGAUUCAGCUGGCCAAGCUCUUCAGGAACAUUUUAGUCAAGGAUCUGCACAGGAUGAUGGCGUGAAUGGAGGAUGGAGAGGAGGAGGAGGAGAGUCUAAUAGCCAUUGCAUGUACCUGCAGGUCAUUUAUUUUAAAUUACAGAAACUUGUCACUAUCAUUAGCAUGUUGUUGAAUGUCUUUUCUGGACCGAAUGCUUUGUCUCAUUUCUCUAAAAACAAGAAACAAGGCGGUUUUAUGUUGAAUAGAAACAAUGAUGCACCCACACACUGCCUUGGCCUUCUUGGCCUGACUUGAAAAGCUUUCUUAGGAGUAUUUCUUUCUUGUGGGAAAUGAAAUUAUUGAUCCAGAUGUUUUGUACAAGGAUGUAAACAGAGAAUGGUAUUCCAGGGCAGGAGGUGGGUGUGAAUGAGAGUAUUUAAAAAAAAAAAAAAUCUGUCCAGUUUAUUUACAGAGUGGUAUUGUUUUUUUGUUUUUUUUCAUGUAAUAUUAAAGAUCUUUCUGGCAAACAAUAAUGGGAAUUUGAUUUAAUUUGAUGAGCACAGACUGACCGGACUAAAUGAAAAACGGCAGAGCAUAGAAUCUAAAACAAUAAUUGACAUUUUACUUGUGACAGAAGAGGAUUGCCGAUAUCUUUUAUACAGGAGGCACAUAAAAAUGACAGUAACAU